GCAAGAAAAAAGUCGAGAAAUAGUGAAAGCUUUUGCUAUUGUUUAAAUUUAUGACUGUAAAUUGAGUUAAAACUAGAAUCUAAGAAUGAAGGGUUCUUCACCAGUAGGAGGGAACAACAAUAAUGAUUAUUCAUUCAAGAUUCUGCUGACUGGUGAUUCUGGUGUUGGAAAGAGCAGCCUUCUUCUCAGCUUCAUCUCCAAUUUUGUUCAGGACUUGCCUCCCACCAUUGGUGUGGAUUUUAAGAUCAAACAGAUUUUAGUUGGUGGAAAGAGAUUGAAGCUUACAAUCUGGGACACAGCUGGACAGGAGAGGUUUGGAACAGUAAUAAGCUCUUAUUACAGAGGUGCACAUGGUAUCAUUCUUGUGUAUGACGUGACACGGCGAGAAACCUUUACAAACUUAUCGAAUAUCUGGGCAAAGGAAGUAGAGACGUACUCCACUAAUCCUGAGUGUAUCAAAAUUCUAAUAGGGAAUAAAGUUGACAAGGAAAAUGAGAGGGCUGUAACUCGAGAAGAGGGCUUGGCUCUUGCACAGGAGCAUAAAGGUUUGUUUCUUGAAUGCAGUGCGAAAACUAAAGAAAAUGUUCAACAAUGCUUUAAAGAUCUCACACUGAAGAUGCUGGAGGUGCCAAGUUUACUAGAAAGUGGAUCUGUAGAAGUGAAGAGACACAUAUUGAAGCAGAAACAAGAGGAUCAGUUUCCUUGCAGCGGCGAUUGCUGCUCUAAAUGACGACACUAGAAGACGUUGGUACAAGAGUUGGUGUAAUGACAAUUGGCGCCCGGGUGCUCUUCAAAGCCAUUGCCAUCACUCCCAAAACAAUUUUGGGAACAAUGGGUAUAGUAAAGGUUCUGGUUUAGCUAUAUAUGCUUGGACGUCGAACUUAGUAUUAUGCAGAAGGUGGUAGGAGUUGGCUUGAGUUUUAGUCAAUUUUCUUAGGGCAUUUCAGAGAAAUACAGAUUACAGAGUAGUGGUUGGAAAAACAAUACAAUAAAUCGCUCUGUAUCGAUAACUGUCUGUAAAUUACAUGAGAUAUACAGAAACUGAACAAUACAGAAAAUGGCUUCGAUGUACAAAUGGAAUGCAGGACUAUGGAGUUUUUUAGAAUUUCU